AUGCCGCCCGCCCUGGCCGAUCCGAAUGCUUUCCAUAUUCUCACACAAUCACAAAACAGACAGGUCAGCGCAGCUUUGCGAUAUGCAGCUGAGAUAAUCACAGCGCAGCUCGCCCAGGCAAACAGUUCAAACUGGCACAUCUUGAAGUUUGCAGAUCGGAUAGCUCUGUCCGUGAAACUCGCUCUCUGCAAGCCCGACGACCUGUUGAUUGGCGGUAUCGUUGAGAACAGUGUGGUAGCCGGCCUGACCACUGCCACACAUCUCACUUUGGGUCUUCAAGUCGGCGCUCGGAGAUCAUUACAGAACCUUCUCCGCUACAAUUCCGGAGACGAUGGCAUGCUGGUCUUCCUUGACGACCUCAUGGAUGUUCUCUCCAGCGUCACGAGUCUUGAUAAGCAAGACCCCUUGCGUGAGGUGCCAUGGGCUACGGUGGCCACGUACAGAAUCCUCCUAGCCAUCUGGAGAUUACUGCGCUGGGCAACCGGGGAGAUGCGCCGAAAAGCAGGGUCUCGAACGACGGUUCGCAGCCGCUUCGAGGCCUCAACAAUAGUCUUCAAUUCCAUCCUGGAGGUAAUCAGCUCUCCGGAGGAACUCGAAUCGCAGACCCGACGUCUCUCGAGGCCGGCUCGGGAGACUACCGCAUUGGGAAUGACCUCGGACGACAGCGAGGCACGCUUCAUGGAGACGGUGUUGCAGUUCUGGAAGGAUAGGCCGGUGUGGUCCAUGGGAUCCUUCAUGACGACGGUGUUGGAGGAGAUUAUCUCGGCUGGCGGCAUGGCUUACGAGUAUGGCCUGGGGUCCAUGGGUAUCGGCAUGGCGCUGAACCUCCAUAACCACCUAGCAGCCAAUGGUCUACCGCCACUUCGGUACAGCAACCGGACGCUGUCCCGAGGCGACGCCCUCCGAGAGGUUGGUGGAUUGCCGGAACGGGACUUUGAAACGCUUGUCCUCAAGUCCACAAUUAUCUUCACAAUGAUCUCCAACGAUGAAGUCCUGGAGAGCCUGAUUUCGAAAGCUCUGAGUACCUGGAGCGGCGCUCUGCUGGAAGGCAAGAUAUUUGUGGACACAUCAACCGUUCACCCGGAUACCGUGGCGAGAUGCUCUGAGCGUCUUGCCAAGGCUGGUGCCUUUUUCAUCUCCUCGCCCGUAUUCGGCGCCAGCCCGAUGGCGGCUGCUGGGAAGCUUAUCUUUGCCAUGGCUGGACCCUCCGCAGCCUUGGAGAAGGUUCGUCCGUAUGUUAUUGAUGUAAUGGGAAGGAGCAUUAUCGACAUGGGCGAAGAUGUCCGCAAGUCGAGCCUUCUCAAGCUAUCGGGCAACAUCUUCGUCAUUGGCUUCCAGGAGCUGACAGCAGAGGCUCAAGUCUUUGCGGAGAAGACGGGGCUGGGCACCCGCCAGAUGGAGCAGUUUAUCAGCGACAUGUACGGCCCUGUCAUCGAGAGCUACUCCAAGCGCAUGACUACAGGGGCGUACGCGCCGCCAUUGGGUACUCCCCCGGGGUUUGCCGUGACCCUUGCAACUAAAGACGCAGGCCACGCGAUCAGGAUUGCCAAGGAGAAUGGAACUCGGAUCCCGACGAUUGAGACGGCGUUAGCCCGCAUGGAGGCUGCGCGAGAGUUUGCUGGGGACUCUUUGGAUAGCUCUUCUGUAUACGGUGCAGCUCGGCUUGAGGCUGGCUUGCCUUUCUGGAAUGAGAAUAGCAGACAGUCAAAUUAA